CGCACAACAGUUCUCCGCUGACCGGACGGCGCAUGCGCUAGGCGGAUUAGCGGUCUAAUACAAGCGUUGUGCGGGCGACGCUCACGCAGCUUCGCUCGUGGAGGGUCUUUUUUUAUUUUCUGAAGGAGGGGGGUCCCUUUUCCUCACAUUACGUUCGUGGUGACGACCGCAAAUGCGUGAGAGGCUCGCUUUCUUUCUGAGGUAGGAGAGGUGUGAGCGGCCUGUGCCUAUUCCUGUCAGGCCGAGAAAGUGGGUUUUUUUCUCUCGCCGUUCCAGCUGAACCGUUGGAAAGACGGACGGAGGGUGGGGAAAGGGCGCGUUAUACUAUAACCUGAGGAGAAUAAUCCGCGCGUGUUGGGGCCGGGCCGGGGAGGCCAUGGCGCCGAGGCCUGAGGAGUGGUCGUGCGCAUGCGCGGGCGCGAGACAAACCAUGGGGCCUAGUCGGAGACGGGCAUGUUGCGCAUGCGCGGGUCUUGGGCGGAAAAUGCCUUUUUUAUCCGUUGGUUUCCGCCUCUGGCAGCCUUUUUGUUCUCUCGUUUGCCUUAUGGAUAGUUCUCGUAUCUCUUUCUAAUCUAGCUAUUUCGCAGCUCGUAAAAAUGGUGUCUUCAACUUAGUUGCUGCUGCUGCGAACUGGUCAAAGGUAAAGGUCGCACAUAGUGUUUCUUUGCUGGGUCCCCUUACCAACGCCAUCCACAAAGGACCCGGAUAUUUUGUUUUUUACAAAAAAAAAAAUAUUGGUUUUCACGACAUUAUAAACAAACACAUAAGACAAACAAACAUAAAUCAUAGCCUUAUUGAAAAUUAUACUUAAUAACAUUAAGUGACUUCCUCGCUUCCCCUUAGUUGAAUUUCAUUGCAUAUCCUUUUAACGGUUUUCCAAAUCACUGUUCUUCUAAAAUUUAACUUAAACAUUAACAUCCUUAGAUCUUCACAUUAUGAAAUUAAACAUAUUAAUUCAUCCCUUAACAUAAAUAAAAUCCUAAGACAAUUAAGUAUCUGCAAGCUGUUUUCAGUUAAUUUAACAUAUUUAACUAAGUAAUCAUUAAAGGACCCGGAUAUUAUUUUGAAGUUGCUGCUUUCAGCUAUAGUAACACCUGAGGUAUAUUUGAAUAAUUGUAAGCUACCACGUCUUCGCAGCAAGGAGUACCAUUGAUUCUUUGUCACACAGUGCGCUUGGUAAACUGGGUUUUUAUCAAGCAAACUUAACUCCGCUCACAAAGGAGCCAAUGUUUACUGAGUCACUGUCCUCCAAUGUAGCAUAAUAUACAUUUUACAAUAGUCCUAGUAAAAUGCAUUGUAGUCGACAUUGAGAUAGCCAAGUUAUUUCUGCACCGAAACACUGAAGACUGCAGGUGGGAGCUUACAAGGUGAAAUAAUGCACCCCACUACCAUUUAUUUUAAAUUAUUGUAUACAUCCUACUUUGUCACAUGCUAGCUUCCCAAGCUAGAACCUUUCUCUUCAUUCUAGUUUCUUCCUGUGCCCAGAAAAACAGCAGAUGUUUGGUCACACAUUCACCAUCUGGUUGAGAAUUAAUCUUGGUCAGCAAUAUUUGCAGCCCUCCUCCCGAUUUUAAAGAUCUAGAAAUGGUAUUACAUUUGCAUGCUCAACAUGUCCUGUGAGAACUGUUAAAAUCAAAAUGGCAACCAUUCAUACAUGCAAAUUAUUAAGUUGUGGUCAGAAUCUUCAUGAAAAACAUGCUUAUGUAAAGCUGCUUGGCUAUUUUGAGUUGAUCGAUUACUCUCCUGGCAAUUGUAAUAUCUGUUUGGACUGCAACCAGAGAUGUGUGACUUUUUGGAUUUUUUUCCCCCCUGUUGUCCAUACUUGAGAAGAAGUCUGAGUUACAUAUAGUAAACUAAAAUGUCUGUUAAUCUUGUUAAAUUUACAUUCUGUAUAAAUAUUUGAAAGCCCCAGUAAUGAUAAUUAAGAUAUAACAAUAUAAAAGUGUUCACUUGUCAUACAUUUAUAUACAUUUUUAAAUGCAGCACUGAAAAUUAACAUUCCAAACCCUGAAGAGCUGUGAGCAUAAAUAUAGAUUUGGCCUGAAAAAGUUCUACAUCUUUGUUUUUGAGUUGACUAGUAUUGUAUCCAUUACAGUAGCCAAAUUGACUUCUAGAAUGUGUUCUCAUUGUGUUAAAUUUUAUGAAACAUUUCCAACGGUUCUGUUUUCCAUCCCACAUCUUUGGUUGCAGUGAUGAAUUGGUUAAAUAUUAAUCAGCUAAAAAAAGUUCCCUGGUUAAAUCAGGCAACAUAUUAACCAUUUUAAUAGACAUGUUUCUAAAAAUUGAUGCUUAGUGUUGUCUUUGCCAUUUGCAUUCUCCCUUUUCUCUAAAGCAUCUAAAAAUAAAAUGUGUUUCAUUCUUAGAAAUUAAAUAUAAUAGUUUAAUCUCCUAGAUCCUUUAUGGUGAAUCAAACUUUGUUUCCAGCUUGUAGGCCUACUUAUAAUGUGAUAUGAACAUGUUGGGAUGGGAGGAAAGAUCUAAUGUGGUAUCAUCUCACUUAUCAAAUGUUGAUUUCAAUAAUAUUUUAAAUGUUCUUAAAUAAAUUCAGUGUUUUAUGCUUCUGCAAACUUCUCUUAAAAGGUUUUCAUAUAAUCAAGUGAUAUAACAAUUUUGUUAAAUAAUCAUCUACUCUAUUCCACCUUUCUCCCUAGUGAUAGCUGCAGUCCUGGUAAAUCCCAUUGAAUGGAAAAGCCAGUUUGAGUCCCGGUCUGGGGAAAAGCACAAUAUAAAUAUAUAUAAUAAUAAAAUAAUAAUACCUCUGAAUAAAUAUGCCUUGGUUUAUGGUGUGUGUAUCUUAAGUAUAUGCUUACUGUCUCCAGCACUCUUGGUUCAUGGGUUCAUUUCCAUCUAAAUUGCAGGUUUUUCUUGUGCCAAUACAAAAUGCAAUAAGUAUGUCACUAAAAACUCCAUUUAAGCAAUACAUCUAGUUUGAAAGAUACCAAAGUAAAGUAAUGCUAUUAAUAUUGGCCUUGAUUUAUCUGAAUUUUACUUGUUGGGGUUCUGUUUGGAAUUCAUCUAACUCCAGUUUUAAAAUAGUCACAUUGCUUGACAAUUUGCUUCCAGGUCCAAUUCAAGGUGCUCGCAUUUGUGCUUAAAGCCCUCUCUUAACACCUCAGAUGGCCGCCUUGGGAGUCUACCGCCCAGGUCUGGGGUGCAUAGCAGUCAAAGAGAGGGCCUUGGCUGUUGGAGCCCCUAAACUGUAGAAUUCCCUUCUCACAGAAGUGUGGGCAGCUUCAUUAUGCAGUUUUUAUUGUAUGCCGAGUACAUACUGCUCCCCUGGCCUUUUAUACCUGGAUAUAAUAAUAAUAAUAAUAAUAAUAAUAAAUUUUAUUUAUAUCCCGCCCUCCCCAGCCGAAGCUUUCACUUUUAUUUCACUUUGAUGAAAUAAAACUCUGGUGCUCCUCCUACCUCUUAUGUAUUUUUUAAGCAAAGCAGUGGCAGUACAGUGUAUAAAUCUCAAGGCCACUUGCAGCUGUGAGGCAAACCUCACACUGGUGCUAAUAGAAGAUCAAAAAUGGUAUAGGUGACUUGACAGUAUUUUUUCCAAGCAUAGUAAUUCUAUUUCAGCAAAGCAUUUUCUGAAUUCUGGAUCUGAAAUUUCAAUAGACGGUCUAAAAAGUAUUUUUGCCACUCAGUAAUAUCUAUUUGGCACCAGGUUGAGGUUUGUCUUGCAGCUACAUUGAGGGUUUUUUUUGCCACUUUCAGUGUUUCUUUUCUUGUGCAGAUUCUUGUAACCAUGAUUCUGCAGUACUAUCGCUUGACGUUCUCAAAUGACAUUCCUUCAGGAUUCAUCAGAAGUUACUCUGUUCUGAAAAAUCUAAAGUUUUUUUUCCUCAACAAGGCUCAGCUUUACUCCAGAAUGUCCAACUUUUCCUUUGUUUUUGCGGGGAGAGGCCAUUUUUUCGGAAUUUUUCAGAUUUCAUCUUUUCACAUCUGUGUUUUUUGGUUAUCAAGGGUGCUGGGUUUGAGACAUUAUUUGGUUAACCAUACUCCACAGGUUUGAAUAAACCAAAGUACAUAUUAGGAAUUGGGUCAAAGAAGUGGAAGGAUCAAGAUUACAUUUGGGGGUUACAGAGAGCAAGGGUCUUGCCCUGGCUUGGAAACAAGCAUUUUGAUUGGGGGUGGAGAGCUUGAGGGCAUACCAGUGAAUGAUUGGAUCAUUUUCUUAGGAAAUCUGUUUAUUUUCCUCAUCAGGAGGCUGCACUACUUUAUCUGUUUUUUCAUUGAGCCUAAUGAAUACCAAGAAUUCUUGAGGAUACACUGAAUGUUACUGUGUAUCUUGAAACCCUGAGAGGAAUAUGCCUGCUCAGGGAUACUACAAGCAAAGCAUUCUUUCUGCCCUCUACUCCCAACCAGUUUUGUGUUUUUGUUUUCCACCUGGCACUCAAAGCAUAUUGUGCCUUGUGGAGGUCCCAAUUGAGUUACAAUGGGAGGGGUGCCCCUUCUUAGGUCUCUUUUCGGUUGCCUUUCUGCAUAUGUUGCAGUUCACCAGAGCAUGGUGAUUUCUCCCUCUUGUUUCGCAGUGAGCGUAUUCUGGCUCCACUUUUGCUAAGACUCAUCACUACCUUAGUUUUCUGUUAAAGGGACUGAGGUAUCUGUGAAGUAAAUAAAGUCUUUAAUUUAACCACAAAUAGAAUCCAUUGCUUUCUAGCCUUGCAUAAUUCUUGGUAAAUAUAUACAUGGGCUUAAUGUAGAAAUGGACACACACUAGACUGCACUAUAACUAUAUAAUAUCGACACACUUAUUCUACUAUAGCUAAUUUUUUAAAUAGUUUGUAUUUAGGCUGUCCCUAGGGUUCCAGCCUAAAAGCCAAUAAUUGCUCUACACAUGGCUUUCUUAGUUCUGUUAAAUAGAUAUUCUGAAUAUUAACCAUUAUUGACUACUUCAUUAUGGAACUUGCUCCUGCAGGAAGUGAACUUUACUACCUCAAUUGUUUUUAAAUGGAUGCUAAAGAGCUGGUCUAACUGCUGCAUCUAAUUUUAACUGAUUAUGGGCUGGGCUUUUAAGCAUAAUUUAAUUGCUGGUUUUAUUUAUAUUUACUAUUUUGCUGCUGGUUUUUAUUGGUUUCUUUUUUAAGGUGAUCUGAACCACCUUUGAAAGGGCUGUGCCAAAGAUGAAGAAAGAACUGAAUGUUCUUGAUUAUGUUUAACUUACAAGCAUUCGCAUAAAAUUAUUUGCAACUCACAGAUGGUGAUGGUUAAAAAAUAUGUCUGUAACUUCAGGUGUUUGCAUGUGAAAUGCAGUUUCUUUUUCACAGAGACAUAUCACAUAUAGAAGAUACAACCUCAACUGAUAAUUCCCAUUUUAAAAUGGGCACAAUUAAAAAAUAGGCUCCUAUGGUAGUACGCAAGAUUUGAUAAAAUAUAUAAGGCUGACAAAAUUAAGUUAGUCUGUAUUCUGAAGAGCAUUUCCUCUCUUUUUUCUUUUCUUUUUGCAUAAGACAUAAAAUGAUGCCAUAUAGAAUGUAUCUUUGUCUCUCAUACUCCAUUGAGAUGUAAAUUUUCCUGUAAUUAAAUUCUCUCAUAUUAUUAGGUACAUUUUGCUCCUAUGAAGUUGUCACUUUCCAAUUUUCAGCCAGUUCUAUUCUAGCAGCUACUAGCAAUGCCCCACUUAUGUGAUGCAUCUCUUUUUCAGGUUCUUAAAAACUAUCUAGUGAUGUUAUUCCAAGUUCCUUUGCUAGAUGAUGGCAAUGGUGUAUUUUAUGUUCUCAAACAUAUUUUUAGAGAUCUCUCUAAUAGAGGGACUGAAUCACCACAUGAAGAUCUUGUUUCUCUGCAUCCCUUGCAGAUCUGCUUCUCAACCUUAAAUGGCGUGAGGUUCUGUCGUGACACUUGACUAAAAGAGUACCUAAAUACUGGCAGUUGACUACUUUCAUUCAACGUGGGAGAGAAUUUGGCCUCCUAUUUGUGUUUGCCUCUUUCUCUGCCUGAAUUCACAUCCCAGCAUGCUCUGAGCCAUGUAGAUUCAUCACAAUUCUAAUUACUUGUUUUUGACAGACUCUCCAAUAAAAGCUUGCAUCUCUUGUAAGACAAGUAUUUUUUGCAGUUUACCCUGUAGUGCUUCCCCUUAACAGCAGUUGUAUUCAAAUUCGUUGGGGAUUCAAGUACUACUACUACUUCAAGAUUUCUGUUCAUAUGAGAUGGUGAAACUGUUGUAGAAGUUGAAUCAGAUUCUAAACUUGAAAAAGUUUAGCAGCUCCUUUCUCAAGGGAGUGUGUUGGGUUUGACAGAGGCCCAUCUAGUCCACCAUUCUGUUACCACAGGGGCUAACCAGGUGCCCAUAACCAGGACAUGAGUGCAAUUGUCCUCUCCCAUUGUGAUCUCUAGCACCUGGCAUUCAGAGAGAUUGCUCUGAUACUGAAGUACGUAAGCCAGUAUGACUAGUAUCCAUUGAUAGCCUUAUCAUUCCUUCCUGUUUUUAGGGUACUAGAAGAAAUACCCAUAAGAAUGCUAAAGAUAUCUUCCUAAUUUCUUUCUAGUUCAUAUUCCUUAAUCAUUAAUGUGUUUCAAAAUACAGUUAGGCUGUAUUCCAACUCUUCUUACCUGGGAGCAAGCCCCACUGAAUUCAGUCAAACUUCUGAGAAGAUAUGGUUAGGAUUGCACUGUUAGCUGAACUACAGAGAAGUAAUAUUGGCCCUAUUUCUAUGGGGGUAUUGUCCCUAUUGUCCCUAUUCCCUCUUCCCCAACUCAAUUUCUGUCAAUGCACUACCUCUUUUUAGUGUUCUGUUUUUAAGGCUUGUUUCUCUCAUAUCUUCUUUUUCUUUGUAGGUUAACAUCGCUUUCAUAAUAAGCCUGAGCAGUCGCUCCUUGUGUGGAAACCAGGCUGUGCAGUGAAACCAUCUGCUGUCCAGCCCAACUCUGUCAGGAGGUACUCUUCAGAUGCUCCUGGGUCUGAUACUGUCCAAAACCUUCAGCAGCUAACUCAAAGCAGAGGUGUAGAGUUCUGAAUUUUGUAAGGAACAUAACCAGCCUUGCAAAUAAGUCUGCCCAUUUAUAUGUGGACUUGAAAAUACUUCUCAGAAUCCGUAUAACGUUCUUAUUUUAGGCCUUUAAGGAACUGUUCUGGGGUUGCAAAAGUAAAAAUCAAAGAAAAACACACAAUUGGCGGUGUUUCUACCUUGAAGUAAUUUCAGAGAGGUAGUCAUCCACACUACAGAAAGAGGAACACAUAGAAAAUCCAGCCUGCUGAAACACCUGAAAAAGUGCUUAUUGGCUCGGACUUGCACUGUUUUAAAAUAAGUUUGUUUAUUUCAUGUCUUUGAAUCUAAAGGUUGACAUCCCUUUCCUUUAUGACUGAGCUUGAAUAUCAGGCUUCUAUGGUUACUCUCACCUUUCUUCCAAACGAGCCUGUUUACAUUUUAUCAAAAAGAGCUUUUGGUAGUAGGGCUUUGCAGGUCCACUGCACCCUCCAGGGCUUAAUGCAAGUCAGGCCUUGUAGUGCAAUGUCCCAGUAUCUUGUUUCUAAUUCAAGGUUCUGUCUGAAUAAAUCUUGCAGUACCAGGGCACCUAUGUACCUGCAGAGCCUUCCUACGUCACUGUAUAACUGUAGAUGACCCAUGCACAUCUACAAAGAUGAAAUGUGUGGAUUUUAAAAAAUCAUGAUUUAGGCCCCUUUCUUUGAUUCUAGCCAGUUUGUUAACUACAGACAGCUCUAUACAUUAAAUUAAUAGGGUUGUAGUCAACUAAUAUAUACUCAGAGUAAAUGACCCAAUGAGAUUAAUGGCCAUGACUAACUUGGGUUCAUAAAUUUCAAUAGUUCUACUCUGAGUAGAGGUUAGUUGCCUACAACCCAUAGUUAUUUACUCACCUUUGCUGAUGACUUAAGUCUCAGAUCAAGCAGGAUUCUGGGAAGUUAGGUGGUGAGCUAUUAAAUUACAAAUAUUCCAACUGACCUCUGUCAUCGCAGGUAACAGAAUCUGAAAGACAAGCAGUUGCUUUGCUUCUGCAAGGGAAGAUGCUGGCUAUAUAAUCCACAUAUGUACAGAACGCUAACUGGGCUUGGUAGUGAUCUUUUUAAUUCAUCUACUGUGGCUGGCACCUACUAGUCUGGGAGUGAGUCACUUGCUCAAUAGACUAGUGGUUGUUUACAAACCUGAAAAACUUUUUCUUGUGAUCAACGAAAGUUCUUGUUCAAACUGUGUGUGAUGCUGUUGCUGAGCAUGAGAUUGCCAGCACCUCAUGCACACUUGUUAGAAUGCCAUUUUGCUCAGAAAUUCUUUCUGUUUUGCCACUGGUAUGGAUGGUAUUCUUUUCACUUGACAUUUGCUCUCUCUUCUACUUCUGUUGACAUCUGCUCUGCAACUUGCAAUAUCUGGACCAUCCUUCUAGUUCUACACUUGCAUCAAUGCUUUUCAAUUGUUCCCCACCCACAUGGUACUCAGUUUGACAAAAUGUAACUGGACGUUACAGUGAAAAUUCUCAUUACUAUAAUAGUGACACAACUGGUAAUCAGUUAACGAGAAGUAACCAUUUGCAUCACAGUGUUUGAGAGCUGUGUGUUAAAAUAAACCCCUGUGCUAUCUCUUCGCAGGUGAUAAAAGUGUGCACGUAAUACAGGUUUUCAAGCAAUAUAAAUAUCCAUCUAUAUGGUUUAGCGUCUUAACACUAUCAAAGUUAAUCAGAUCUUUAGUAAAACAUUUUCACUUAUAACUGAAACAUAAUAGGUAAUUCUAAGAAAAUGAACAUUUCAUUAAAACUUGCCUGAAGGUUUUGUCAUCUUUCCCUGCUAAUUGGAGAACUGACCACGGAAAACAUUCUUCUGCCCAUCCCUAUACUGUUCCUCUGUAGGUAGAAUACUGAGUAUUAUAAGACUGCAGUUAGUGGGAUUUUCGGAAGUGCCUGAGUAACUUGAGGCCUCAGUUUUCUGUGGAAGUUUAUAAAACUUUCACUCUUGGGUACUUUAGAAAAAUCUUCUCUUCUUUUAAGAUGACUUUGUAGAGAGACAAGUGGGCUUCUUAAUGUUCACUGUUGGCAUAGGAAGACCUAGAUAAGCACUGCAAGAAUAAAAAAGGGUUUGUUAAAAGAAUAGUCAUGUCAUGGGAAACUUACUACCACCUGUGGCUAUAGCUUACAGUCAAGUCUCAUCUGAAAGAUAACAGUUGAACAACUUGCUUGAUUGGAAUAGUGCCAUAGCAUUUCUCUUCUUUAAACAAAAUUGUAGUUUCCCAAUUCAAGUAUUAAUGAGGUCUGGUCUUGGUUGGCUUGAAAUCUUAGCGCAGACUAAUGUGCCAUGUUCACAAUGUAAUGUUAAAAAUAUGCAGGUACAGUUCAUAUGUGGUACUAACAACAUAUAAACUAUUACUUGAAUGAGAGGUCUUGUGUGCUUCUACCAAACUUUAAACCUGUUUUCCUUCACAAAUCUUAUAGUACUAAUUCAGUUCUACUGAGUGUAAAUUAUUUGGUCUCACUUAGUAACUCUUUCAUUAGACACAUGUCCAGAUAUCAGCCACUCCUAAGUUCCUGCUAUCAUUUCCUCUAUAGGCUUAAUGUUCAACAAUUUGAGUUACAUUUCUUGGUUCCAUGACUGGUGUAUUGUCUUUUUCCUGGAAUCCAGAGCAGUAACAUAAGAUGUAUGCACCCUGCUAUUCAAUAGGGGGCUUGAAAACAGACGGUUCUGUACAACCAGUGCUUGAGAACAAUUUCUCAUCAAAACAAAAGUGCACAUUGAUUGGCAACAAUUGGUGCUUAUCUGGGGGGAAAGCUAGAUUUUCACCUGAGGGCUAUGUAUAAUAGGGUUCUGGGUUGCAUCUUCAGUCUAUUGACGUUACAUAAUAAAAGCCAUGUAAGAUCUUAAAUUGGUUUUAGAUCAACAUGAUGCAUACAUUUUAAAACUGCAUCUUCAUAAAGGGAUUUAUGACUAAAACUGCUUGUUUUUCUACAGACUUGUCUGGUGUUCUCAGCUUGAAGAAGAUCUACAGUCAUUAUUGAUCCCUUUUCUUGGCGUUACCUUUUUGAAGUGAAGUUUACCUAGCUUUCUAGUGUGAGCUUUCUUUUCAGACAUCUCUAACGUUUGAUCCAUAAUAGAAAAUCUAUAGUUCAGCAAUGUCCAAGUCGUUCCACCAGUCAUCUCUAAGUAGGGAUUCCCAAGGUCAUGGACGUGACCUGUCUGCAGGAAUAGGCCUUCUUGCUGCUGCUACUCAGUCUUUAAGUGUGCCAGCAUCUCUUGGAAGGAUGAACCAGGGUACUGCACGCCUUGCUAGCUUAAUGAAUCUUGGAAUGAGUUCUUCAUUGAAUCAACAAGGAUCUCAUAGCGCACUGUCUUCUGCUAGUGCAUCUUCCCAUGCCUUACAGUCUAUAUUUAACAUUGGAAGUAGAGGCCCACUCUCUCUGACUUCUCAGCACCGCGGAGAUGCCGAGCAGGCCACUAACAUUCUGGCCAGCUUUGGUCUGUCUGCUAGAGACUUAGAUGAACUGAGUCGUUACCCUGAGGACAAGAUCACUCCUGAAAACUUGCCUCAAAUACUUCUGCAACUUAAAAGGAGGAGAGCUGAAGAAGGCCCUUCACUGAGUUAUGGUAGAGAUGGCAGAUCAGCUGCACGGGAUCCAGCAUACAGAGUUCCUAGGGAUGAUUGGGAAGAGAAAAGGCAUUUUAGAAGAGAUAGCUUUGAUGAUCGUGGUUCUAGUCUCAACCGAGUGGUUGACUAUGAUCAUGGAAGUCGUUCUCAAGAGUCUGUUUAUGACAGAAUGGAUUAUGAAGAUGACAGAUUAAGAGAUGGAGAAAGGUAUAGGGAUGACUCUUAUUAUGGUGAAACCUCGCAUAAGUAUCGUAAAUUUGACAGUGAGUAUGAGAGGAUGGGUCGCGGCCCUGAGAGAUCUCUCUUUGAGAAAAAGAGAGGUGCUCCUCCAGAUAGCAAUGUUGAAGACUUCCAUGGACUCUUACCGAAGGGCUAUCCCCAUCUGUGCUCUAUCUGUGAUUUGCCUGUUCAUUCCAAUAAGGUGAGUUAAGCAUCAGAUGCUUAUUUUUCUUUACUUUGUAGUCCCUGUUGCUUGUUUCUUUGCCUCAGUUUCUAUGUUCUGAUGACUCGCACAAAGGACUCAAAAGAGUUUGAUACAUGGUUUAUUUUCAGGGCGUCAUUAGCAAACACAUUAAACCAGGGCUUUACAUUAAUAUUUGUUUCACCCAUAUGGCUUAACUGCAGGGCAGUUAUCAUCUAGUCUAUUUUAUAUUUUGCAUCUGCAUAGUCUCUUAACUUAAUUUGGUGCAGAGUUUUUUCGUUUUGGUUUGCAGUUAUUCAAGAGGCUAGAUUCAGCAUUCCUUCCCAUCUGUCUUGAUUGCUGAUUGAUUUGUAGUUAAGAUAUGUCCUUGCACAACUCUGCUUUUUCCCCUCUUGUCCAUGGCCAGCCAGAAAGCUUAAUGUAGAGUCCUUGAAAAGAAUUGUAGGAUUGCAGCUCACAUUUUUAAAUGAGUUCAUUCUUUUUAAAAGUCACUUUAAAAACUGUUUUCAUACUGUGUCUGAGACUUCUCAUUUUUUCCUCCCCUUUCACAGCCUUCUUAAACACUUCAGAGUCACUUUUUAUUAUUACAUAUUGCAUCUAUCCCUUUUUAAAAUCUCAGAAACAUCAGUCUGCUGCUGUGCUAUAUCAUGCUCUUGUUGGCAUUCUCUACUUAUAAGAUUAGUUCCUUAUUAAAAUUUUGAUCCAACUUCAUUCUUCGUAAUUAGGUUCUUGAACAAAAUAGCAAGUGUCCUAGUGUAGCUGAAUUCAGAUUUUCUGUUUUACAAACUAGUCAUCUAUUUGUCAAUUGGAUACUGUCCUUGCUUUUAUUUUUUAAAGCAUGAUGCGUAGAAUUCCAGGUAAGCAUGCACAUUGUGUUCUUAAGUUGGUUUCAUUGGGUUGUCACUAAUUUUAUUCUCAGAAAAUACCUUUAUGAAACAAAUCUGUUUUAGCAAUAGUGAAAAAAUGAAAUGUAUUUUCUCAUCUUAUUUACUGUUUGAUUAUCUACAUAUCAAAAUUCACAUUUUUUUCCUUACCAACAAUACCUAAUUUGAAGUCUUUAUGGGUUACACUGAGGUGAAUCUCAGAUCUAUAGAAGUUUAAAGGAUGCAGUUAUUUAAAACCCUAGGAACAGAAAAUAUCUUAAAAUGGCAUUUUUGUGAUGUUCCAUUGUGCACUUAAACCUACUCUUCUGGACAAAAGCUCUUUUCCUCAAAACAUCUAUUUCUCUUCAGCAUAUUAAAGUCUAUAAUUUCAUUACAGUGUAUAUUCACUGAUUGAUUCAAAGGUUAUACAUUCUGAACUCUACAUGCAGAAUUCAGCUAAUUGUUAAAUGUUUAAAGCAGUUAAAGCUUUUAUAGGACUGAUUAAAAAACAAAAACCUUAACGGAAAGAUGUUGCUAAAAGUUGAGGAGACAGAAAUCAAUAUGCAGUACAAUUUGUUCUCAACUGAAGAAAACUUACGUUAUAAAAUUUGUAUCUCGUUGAAAGACAAAAUGCAUGUUAAAACUCCUUUGUAUUGUUAAAAUUAAGAGCUACAUUGCCAAUUUUGUUCCUUUGUGCAAGCAGUUCUGCUGAGGAGAGGGACACAUUUUAAGGGGGAAAUCUUCUAACAUAGGUUAUGUUAGACCCGCUAUAUACCUGUGGGUAUAGGGCAGUAUACAAUUUUAAUUUGUUGUUGUUGUUGUCUCUUUUCUGGAAGUUUAAAGUUAACUUUGUAAAUGGAAGCACUUAUGCAAUCAGCAUGUGAAAUUAUGGGAAAUUUCCUAAUACAUGCAUGCCAUGAAUCAGGUUUUUUAAGUACUGUAUUUGUCAUCUUAAAAAAAAACCCACUGACAAUACAGUAAAUUCAUUUGAGACUGAUCUAGCUAAAAACACAUAGCCAAGCUUCCAGGCGAGCCUGCCAUGGGGCCAGAUUACAUAUGAUAGCUGGAAGAGGGGAAUUAAUUAUCCUCCCACCCAGCACUUUAUUUGCUGAAGUGCCAUCUCGUCAUUGUGGACAGUUUUCAUCAGGGCUCCCCUUCCCCAUUCAUAAGAUAAGCAUGCACACCCACACACCCCUUUGUGUCUGGUGUGUGUGUGUGUGUCCAGUUGUCUGUCUAUUGAGUGAUAUCCAGCGUUAGUCAUACUCAGAGUAGACUUACUGAAAUCGUUGGGCUCUGGGCCAUUGAUUUCAAAGUAUGAUUUAGAUGGAUGUCACCAGUCAUGUCUAGUUGCACACUUCAGCAGACAACUUCUUGUUUACACUUGUUCUGACUAGAAGAAACAUCUUGCUGUAAUUUCAGAUGUUAGCCAUACAUACACACACACACACACACACACACACACAAAAAAAAGCUCUAGUGUUUCAGGCUUGGGAUUUAAAUAUUUGAGUUUCUAAGUCCUGAACAGUGCAGUAUUGAAACAACUUUUAUUUGAAGAAAGCUUUUUAUUAGGUAUUCUGUGGUUUUAUUGUGUAUUUUUAUGCUGUGAACCACCCUGUGACCUUCGGAUGACGAUGGUAUACAAAAUUAAUAAUAAUAAUAAUAAUUUAGUAAGCAGGAUUUGGGAAUCUGGAAUGAAUAGGUUUUGACACUCAACAGUUUGGUUUGUCUGGAAAAAAUUCUGUGUAGAGUUUGGGGUAUUUAAAUUAGAGCAAGAAAAGCUUCAACUGUUUCAAACAGAUGAACUACCGUAUUUUUUGCUCUAUAAGACUCACUUUUUCCCUCCUAAAAAGUAAGGGGAAAUGUGUGUGCGUCUUAUGAAGCGAAUGCAGGCUGCGCAGCUAUCCCAGAAGCCAGAACAGCAAGAAGGAUUGCUGCUUUCACUGCGCAGCGAUCCCUCUUGCUGUUCUGGCUUCUGAGAUGCAGAAUAUUUUUUUCUUGUUUUCCUCCUCCAAAAACUAGGUGCGUCUUGUGGUCUGGUGCGUCUUAUAGAGCGAAAAAUACGGUACUUAUGCAUUAGUGGGAAAAGGCUGUGGCUGUUGAAGAAUGUUUUAUCUUUUUGGGGGGGAGGGAGAGGUGGGAAGUAACAGUUAAUUAUUCCUUACCUCUGUUAAUCAAAUAUCGCUGCUAAUAUAAUCUGUAGUGGGGUUAGUCAGGAGUGCUUUAUCAAAUUGAAGAAAGAACCAGGAAAACUCCCAUUUACUCAGGAUCCUCUGCUUGGUAAUCAGACACAAAUGUCUGGCAAGUCUGUUGAAUGCUGGCAUUGAUGCAGCUGGGCAGGAUAUCCUGUUUUAUAUGGGAACCAAGUGUUGACGUCCUUUCACCGUAAAUUGUGUGUAAAAUUAUAAGAUGUAGUAGGCCUUCUGUAUUUUAAAGUGUAUAUAUUAAAUGCCUUAUGAUCGCAAAAACAACAACAUUGAAUAUGAGAAAUUGUAUCCAUGAAUCUGUAGCACAUUGCUUUUCAUGGAUCUGCCAUUGAUUGCAAAUGUCCUAUGGUUUGCAGGGGCCGGUAUUGUACUUUAUGCCACUUCUCAAGUUGGUGACCCCUGCCAUAGACCUAUCUAGAUAGUUACCAUAUUUACUCAAAUGUAAUACUCACAUUUUUUUGGCCAAUUAAAUCGCGAAAAUUAGGGGGUGCAUUAGAUUUGAAGCCACAUUUACAUUUGCCAGCAAAUACUUUUUUUGGUUUCAAGGUUUUUGAAAAUUUAGGUGCAAAUUACAUUUAGUGGUGCGUUGCAUUCACAUAAAUACGGUAAUAUCAUUCCUGGUCACUUACCUAUAGCUAACUGUGUUAGUCGUUAAAUGGGGAGUAAAAGAUAGUUAAGGAACUGGUUAAUGUUAAAGCAUGAUUAGUAUAUGUGAUUCUUUCUCCUUUUCAUUACAAGCUGGCCUUAUGAAUGAUACAACACAAAAUAAGGCAUGCUAUCUUAUUAGCAGAGUCUUGAAAAUAAUGAAAGGAAUGUGCCCUCUUCCUGCAUCUCUAUUCCUUCUUCUCCUAAAAGUAUUGUUCUGUGCAGCAGCCACAGUAUUCAGUUGUUCCUCCCCAGCCUGGAAAUGCAGCAAACUAUUUAUCUUAGUAGGGACGCUGGUCGUAAUGUGGUCUAAACAACAGAGCCUAGGGCUUGCUGAUCAGAAGGUCAGCGGUUCGAAUCCCCACUAUGGGGUGAGCUCCCGUUGUUCAGUCCCAGCUCCUGCCCACCUAGCAGUUCGAAAGCACAUCAAGUGCAAGUAGAUAAAUAGGUACCACUCUGGCGGGAAGGUAAACGGCGUUUCCGUGCGCUGCUCUGGUUCGCCAGAAGCGGCUUAGUCAUGCUGGCCCCAUGACCCAGAAGUUGUCUGUGGACAAUCGCCAGCUCCCUCGGCCUAUGGAGUGAGAUGAGCUCACAACCCCAGAGUCGUUUGUGUGACUGGACCUAACGGUCAGGGGUACCUUUAUUUAUCUUAGUGGAAAUGUACUUUUGCAGAAGCAUUUUACACCAACAAAAGGCAGCCUUCUAUUAGACUUGCAUUGAAAACAAGUUUUAAUAACUUCUAAAUGUAUAUUCAGGUACGCUGCAUAAAAGUCUGUUAAGGAUGGCCAGAAUGUGGGUUCUUUGAAUCUUCUGUUUUAUAUCCUGAUAGCUCCUUUUCCAACUUUUUGUAAUCAUUAGAAUGCAAAACUCAUAAGCAGUAGGUUCCAUACAAUGGAGGCUUUGCACAAGUGGGGAAUAACUUCAGUUUACACACAAGGAGUUUCACUCAGUAUUUCCCAUUCACCCACUACAGCUCCCCUCGUCUCCUGAAAAUCUGCUCUUGAAGAGUUGGGGACCCUCUGUAACAGUAUCUGAUACUAUGCAGAGUUGUAGCACAUACGAUGUGAAUUGGCUGCCUAACGUGCUUCCCACUGGCACAAAGCUACAAUUGGAUACAAACUAAUCUGAUGUUUGAAUGUCAAAAAGAGGAACAUAAAAGUUAGGCCCUUUUGAGCACUUACCUGGGCAUAAGCACCACUGAACACUUGCUUCAGAGGAUACAUGGAUAGGAUUGCAUAGUUAGAUGGCUGAUUUAACGCUCAGGUUUACUCUUUUCCCAGAAUACACUGCAGUUCUGAUUGUCAUUGUUUGGAUGACACUUUUGGUACCCUUUUGAUCAUGAUACGAGUCUUCUAAGAUAAAGGCAUUCGUUCACUUACACGUGAGAAUUUGGUUGACUUGCAAAUGAUUCCGUAGGGUGUUUGAAGUAAGUUUUAAAAUAACUUUGUUGUCGAUAAUUUUGACUUUGUACUUUUGCUGCAGGAGUGGAACCAGCAUAUCAAUGGAGCAACACACAGUCGACGUUGUCAACUUCUCCUGGAAAUGUAUGGAUCUAAAUGAUUUUAAAUGUCCCUUUUUCAUUGUAAUUGCAGUGUAUAUUUGUUUCAGGAAACUUCAAAGUUACAAUAUGCAAAGUUUGAAAACAAUUAGCUUAUUCAAACUGUUCCAGCAACAAACAAGAAUAGAUCACAUCUUCAAGCUGACACUUGGCGUACUAUUUUAGAUUUGUUUGAAACAUUCCAUGAAGCUAUUUAUCUUUUGUAGGCUAUUAUACUGACAUUUUUGGCAAAGCAAUACAAUAGCUGCAUAAAAAGCCCCAACCUUCACAUCUGACUGACAUCUACAUAAUUAACUAUUUGGGGGUGAGGUCCAUAUUAAUAUCACAAAUAAAUGUGGAUGGUUGGUUAUGGACUUGGGGCUCUUCACCAGACUUACAAACAUUUUACAGGUGAUAGCCAGCUAUGGCAGCCUACCUACAUACCGGACUUCCCAUGUCGUUCCUUUCCCAUGUGCCUCUGAAAUCUGCGGUGGAGAGUUGGGGAACUGCAGGUGGGAGACCAGGAGGUCAUGUCCCAACUGCUGGUGCAAAAUUGGAUCUCGCUCCAUAUCUUGUUAAACCACUCUUCUUUAAAGCCAUCUAUAAUUAUUAUUUAUUUAUUCAUUCAUUCAUUCAUUCCCCGCCCAUCUGGCUGAGUUUCCCCAGCCACUCUGGGCUGCUCCCAAUCGAGUGUUAAAAACAAUACAGCAUUAAAUAUUAAAAACUUCCCUAAACAGGGCUGCCUUCAGAUGUCUUUUUAAAAUAGGAUGGCUGCUUAUUUCCUUGACAUCUGAUGGGAGGGCAUUCCACAGGGCGGGCGCCACUACCGAGAAGGCCCUCUGUCUGGUUCCCUGUAACCUCACUUCUCGCAAUGAGGGAACCGCCAGAAGGCCCUCGGCGCUGGAUCUCAGUGUCCAGGCUGAACAAUGGGGGUGGAGACACUACUUCAGGUAUACAGGACCGAUAUUAGCGCCUAUGAAAAUAUUCCAUGGGAAUCAGUUUUAUACAUUAAUGUUAAGGGGGAAAUACAGUGACGUGAAACCUGCUGCAAAUCGGUUGUAAUUGCAUGAGUUUUAACAUGUUGAGUAUGUGAAAAUAAUUUCUCUCCAUACCCUUAAUAUAAUUCUCUCAUGGAUAAUAGUUCAUUUUAUAAAUCUCCCAAGUCUCCUCAUCAGUUUUCACCAGACUAAAAGUGAAUUUGAGUAUUCUGUCAUAAAAUCUCAGGGUGCAUUGAGAUGUGGCAUUGAUGUAAGCAAACUUACAAUUCAAGUUCAAAUGGUAUACAGUACAGUGGUGCCUCGCAAGACGAAAUUAAUCCGUUCCGCGAGUCUCUUCGUCUUGCGGUUUUUUCGUCUUGCGAAGCACGGCUAUUAGCGGCUUAGCGGCUAUUAGCGGCUUAGCGGCUAUUAACGGCUUAGCGGCUUUAAGAAAAGGAAACAAACUCGCAAGAACUCGCAAGACGUUUCGUCUUGCGAAGCAAGCCCAUAGGGAAAUUCGUCUUGCGGAACGACUCAAAAAACGGAAAACUCUUUCGUCUUGCGCGUUUUUCGUCUUGCAAGGCAUUCGUCUUGUGGGGCACCACUGUAUUCAGAAUAGGUUACAUUAUUGCGAUAUCCACAGAACUCACUUCCAGGUAUGUAUGCAAUGGAUUCUGGAAGCUAAAGGUGGAUUGUAGUGGCCAUUUGGUUUCACAUUAACUGAUACGUUUCACCAGUUCAGAUAUAUUUUAACAGUACCUUUCUAGUGACAGAAGCCUCUUUGAGCCAGUGGAGACUUCCACGAAUGGAAGGGGGUGCAAGGUUCACAAAUGCCCCCUUUCCUGUAGCCUCUUCCAUCAGCAAAAUUAUUCCCAAACACUCUGGAGCAAAUUUGAGAGGCUAAAGCAGGAAUAAUCUGAAAUUUUCUUACUCUUUCUGUUCAUGAAAGCUUCUCUACAGGAACCUUUCAUCAGCAAAGGGACACAAUUGGGUAUAAUCCAUCUGAAAUAAGAUAAGGUUAAUAAUGCUGAGGGUUUUUUAUUUUCUGAAUACAUUUUUUAAAAAAAAUUAAUGUGCUAAGGUGGAAAAUAUAUCUGCAUAGUAUCUCUCCAGCCACAAUAUGAGUUGCAGACAGUGAUCUUACAGACUUUGUUUUCCUUUAAAGAUAUCCUGAAUGGAACCCUGAAAGUGAUUCUGGACCUGGAAUGUAAGUAAAAACUACCAAGUAGAAGGAAACAAGUUUACAGCUUCUCUCAAUACCAUGAUACAGAUGAGCUCUGGAGCUAGUUGAGUAGUUUCCUAGUAUAGUACUGAGGUUCAGUGCUAGGUGAUUAGAAAAUGAUCUACUUAGCUUGAACCUGAGCAGUACAGUGGGGAGUAUAUUUCCAGAACAGCACACAUGGAAUGGAAGGGGGAUAUCAUUCCCUCAAGCAAGCUGAAAUGCUUGCGCUGGCAAAACAAUAUUCUACAUUGAAUUCCACCCUAAGCCACUUAGGUGGCAUUCAACUACAUUUUACUCAUGGUAGACCCAUUGGAGGUUUGGUUCCUGGACCUGAGCUUCCCCACUUCCGCCUUAAAGUCUGCAUCUACAUGGCAUAAUAAUGCCAGCACCUUGCAAAAUUUGACAUUGCAGCAUUUUCCAUCUGAGCAGCAGCAGCCAUGUAUGUGGUUUUCUCUACAAACACACUUCUCAGGAAAAUCUGUGGGGAAGCCCCAUGAAAUCCUCCCUUGACAUUUACAGUACACUCCAAGGUUAGACACUCAUGAAUCAGCAGAGGUGGCUUUCAGGGGGAGAGAGUUGCAACACGCACGUCUUCUCACAGGUCUAAUUACCGGCUGUAAUGUCAUUCACCCUAGAGUUAAUUAGCCAGGACACAUCCUGUCAAAAAUAGAUGCUGCUAGACCAAGCGUAAUUGUGAAUGACUCUAUUUCAUUGCCCUGCUGAAAGGAACUGGAUCACUUUUUAGUAAUCAGAAGGGUUAAAAUUGUCAGAUAUUCAAAAUGUUACUCCCAGUCCAUAUCACAUCCUUUUCUGCAGCUUCUCUAGUAGUGCCAGUAAUCCUCAUGGAACAGUAUUCAGUCUAGUGGAAUGUUUUUAAUAUCGCCUGUUAGAACGUUUCCACACAAACUGCAUGCAUGAAUAUCGCUGUCAGAAGUGAUGUGUAAAUGGAUUGGCUACAAGCUUAUCUGAAAUUUGCGUGAAGAGGCCUGCAGAGUAAAUACCCACGACUAUCUGCACAUAAAAGUAAACUGUGAUGUGGUGGGACUCCGGCUCGCCUCCUGUUGACUUUUUGUCUGACAUCUUUGCAUUUGUAUUCAAAACUAGAUUGAAGAUUAUGUAAAUAUUUAAUUUUAUUUGAAGGUUAAUGUGGAUUCAUUUUUUGUGUGUGAACUUCCAGGGGUGAUCCGUUUAUGUUGCAGUCAACAAAUCCUGCCCCAGGAAUUCUGGGGCCGCCACCGCCACCAUUUCAUCUGGGAGGGCCACCAGCUGGGUCAAGAGGUAAUAUUAUGAAAUGCAUCUUGAAAUGGACUCUUAAACUUGUAGUUCCUGGCUAUAUAUAGUAUGCUUUGCUGGUCAGUAGGGAAUUGUGCUGUGCAAAUGUCUUAAGAUCCAAGUGUCAGGGAUAAGCAGGAGUCCAAACGACGGGCAUGGGGGCAGGAGGAGGAUCUGGGGAAGGCGCCAGUGAUUUGUGUGGUUCUAUGCCACCCUUGAAGCAGAGGAAAGAGGACAAGGCUGGGCAGUCAGAGAUGGAGGAAGAGAAGGUGGGGACUAUUGACAAAACCUAUUGGUGUUUCGCCACUUUCUGACUAGUUGCAGGACCUUAGCCAGACCUAGCAGAGUAAAUGCAGAAUUCACGAAAGCAAUUGGCAACUUGGCUGCAGACAGGAUAGACGAAGCAGGAACCAGGAACUUGUAGUUAGAUGUUUAUUACAUACAGUGGACUAUUUACAGGAACAGAACAGAACACGGAUCUUUAGCUAGCUUUCUCUCAUACAUGACUCACAACUCCUGCACUCGAACUCGUACUAACACACAUUCCAGUUAGUAGGCCAUUAAUCAUUAUUCCCGUAAGAGAGCUUGACCAAUCGUGGAGCUGUCUCCAUGCCUCUGUAUCACCAGGCAGACUUACUCCUUCACAUUGCCUUGGCUGUCGGCCAAACCCUAAUUGACUCUGUGUGUGUAGCUGCAACAUAUGCAGAUUCCCAACAGGAUGUUGCGCAGGCGCAUCCUGAGUUGCAGAAUAACGCAUCGAUUGAAGAGACAGACCAGAGAGAGUUGGGCCAUUAGAAUCUCCUCCAUCCCCUCUCCCACUGUCUCCAAGGACAAAGAGGGGACAUAAAGUGACAGGAGCAUCUGGAGCUGCCACACAGGAGAAGUCGAUGGUUGCUUGCACCCACUGCAUCAGAAGAGAGGGGUUUUUAAUGUGCUGAUGGAGGCAUGCUAGCACUGUUGCUCCAACUGUCCAGAUCAACAAAAGUUUGAAGAAUUAGCUAUUUAGUAGGAAUGGUGCAUGUAAUUCUUGCACCAUAGGAGCUGAUGCAAUCAAGUGCUUUGCCAAUAAAGAAUAAAAUUUCCAAUAAUGUUUCCUCAUUGGGGGCUGGGUGUUCUUAGGACAUCAGAAGACAGAAAAUGGGAAUCUCAAGAAAUCCAUAGCAGUACUAUAAAGCAAACUGUCAAAGAGCAGUGAGAGGCUUACCUCCAAUCUUAAUGCUAAGCACCACUGUGCUAAAAUCAGAGAUAAGUCUGGUCCUGCAGUUUGCACUUUGAAUCACCUGUUGUCAUAUGAGUCUGGUGACUGACAGAUUGGGGAACCCAGCUGUCAAAAUGACCCACAAAGGAUGGGUCAGUUCUGGAUCUCGCCUCUAAUUGGAUUCAGUGCCCUACUGAACUAGGCCACAUUUUGUUACUUACAUUUUUAAAUGCACACACACACACACACACACACACACACACACACGUGUGUGCAUGCGUAUGAUCUUGUUCCCAGUGCCUAUGCUCUACUCAAGAUUACAACACAUAUGAAAGAAUUUGACAUUGUGAUAUGUCACAGUUCCAACAAUCUUGUGAAUUAUAAUCAUUGUUUUUGUUCUCCCUCCCUUCCUGUUCCCCUUUUCUCUCCCCCAAUGUGUUUAUUUUAAGGGUCUGGAAAUGGAAGUAUGCAAGGACCAAGGCACCUGCAGAAAGGCAGAGUGGUUAGUAUUGACAUAGGAACUGCUCUAUAAAGACAGAUAUUUCCACUGUGUCUGUGGUUGCUUUAGACAAUAAAUAUUGUUAAUGAGGGUCUACUUCUCACUUAAGUAGUUGUGCCCAGGCUGCAGUGUGGAAAGAAUUCACUUCUAUACCACCUCUGUUUGUUACCCAGGUGAGGGACCACCUUUUAAAUAAACCACAGAACCAAGGAAACUAAUUUCAAGUCCAGCAUCCAGUUAUUACAGCUAUUGCAGUAGGACAGAGCUCAACUCAACACACCGGUUAAAAAAGUCUGACCCGAGGCACUCCAGAACAAAAGCUUAUAUAUAGUAGUUCAGACACAGCACACAAAUAGUCAUAAAACAUUCUUGGGCACAAAAUAUCCCCUUUACAUACAUCAAGAAAGGUCACAAGUCAUUGGAUAGUAGACACGUAUGGCAUCUUCCUGCUUUCAGCUCUUUCCCCCUCCCCCGCUAUUGCUUUUACCUGAGGAUGCCCACAAGUGCCUAGGUCAUUUGAGCAUGUUAGGUUACGGAUGUCACAUGUUGCUCUGGUAACCAAGCCUGUGUUCAGACCUUGUUUACAUUCUCUAUCUCACUCUUUCGCCCCUUCUUGUCUCUGAGCCUCUCAGGAAACCUCAAGGAGAGAUUGGGUUUGGCAAUGUUAACCAAACAAGCUUGGAACAACAUCCAUAAUGACCAUUUGUGCCACUUUCAGGGUUGGAUAGGAUUUCUUGAUUAUGGCUUAGAGAGCACAGGGAUUGUAAGGUAUAGCAAGACAGGAACUAUACAUAAAAUGGAUGCAGGUGGCGCUGUGGGUUAAACCACAGAGACUAGGGCUUGCCGAUCAGAAGGUCGGCGGUUUGAAUCCCCGCGACGGGGUGAGCUCCCGUUGCUCGGUCCCUGCUCCUGCCAACCCAGCAGUUCGAAAGCACGUCAAAGUGCAAGUAGAUAAAUAGGUGCCACUCCGGCAGGAAGGUAAACGGCGUUUCCGUGCGCUGCUCUGGUUCGCCAGAAGUGGCUUAGUCAUGCUGGCCACAUGACCCGGAAGCUGUACGCCGGCUCCCUCUGCCAGUAAAGCAAGAUGAGUGCCGCAGCCCCAGAGUUGUACGCGACUGGACUUAAUGGUCAGGGGUCCCUUUACCUUUAACUGCACAUAAAACUACUCAGUGAAGCAUUCCAUCUUUCUGAUAGGUUCAAGGCAAUUACUAUUUGAAACUUGGUUAAAAUAUACACCCUGGGUCUCUGAUUCUUAUAUCAGUGGGAUGUUGUCAUCAUUGUUCUUUCACUAAAAAUCACUUUUAAAAACUAGUAUGGUGAGGAAAAGAGUUUGGAAAAGGAUUCUACCAUGUGAGCCUGCAGCCUUUGUUCACCUGCAGCUUGAUGUAAUGCAACCCAAACAGCUGAGAACAAGAUACACAUUAACUGACUUUGAGACCCUUUUGCAUAUUCAAGAUCUCAGUGAUGGUUUUUCUCAAGUCUCUAUUCAAGGCAUCCAUGCCAACAUUUUUUACAAGUAAGGCCAACAUCUGCAAGCUUUCUGAGACCGUUUGCUUUCCUGCUAAUUAGGUCCCCCACCCAUUACUUCAUACUCUUCAGACUAAUCUGAGAUGAAAGGCAAUAGUAUUCUGUUUUUAAAUGUUGGCAUUGGCUGGUUCAUCACAAAACCAGCCAGAAGAGCUCAUGUUCCAAAAUGGGAUGGUUAUUUUAACAUUUACUUAGCUUAACAAUUUAAUUUAUUGAACGCUACUACUUGUCAUUAACAGGAAACAAGCAGAGUUGUGCACAUCAUGGAUUUUCAGAGAGGGAAAAACCUGAGAUAUCAGCUACUGCAGCUUGUUGAACCAUUUGGAAUAAUUACAAAUCACCUAAUCUUGAACAAAAUUAAUGAAGUAAGUGUUAAAAUCAUGUAGAAGGGUGUUACAGCAUGACAUUACUUGGGGGGAAAAUACUUCCAAAUGUUGCUCUAUUCUAAUUUGACAAGCAGUUUCUUGAACUGCAGCAGUUACGGUGCCUCUGUGCACAAUCGGAAUUUUAACCAGGAGAGGGAAGUGUAUGACCCCAAACUCUCUCUUGUACUUGGGAGCCAAGGAUUUGUGAUGUCAAAGUAAUUUUCUAGUCUGAAUAGUUGCAAGAAGAAACUUUAAUAUGCAAGACUGAAACUGUUUUAAAGUAGUUUUCAACAUCCAGUUGCCUAUUCCUGGUGUAAAAUCAGAUGUUUCAACAUUAUUUAAAGAAUUCGUAUCCCAUUCUUUAUCCAGAAAGGAUCCUAGAGUGGCUUGCAAAUAACAGUAUUAUUAAGUGGAUGCUGAUUGGAUUUGCAACACUUAACCCUGCUUUAGAAAUGCUAUAGAAAACGUACAGUACUUAUUGAUGCUCCCUUGACAGCUUAAAGGCUACAGUAUUUUUGUAUUUCAUUUUUGCUCAUAUUUCAUUCUUAGACAUAGUUCCUCUUCAAGAGGGACACCAAAAUUUAUUUAUCUUCUACAAUUUCAGGCAUUCAUUGAAAUGUCUACUACUGAAGAUGCACAAGCUGCAGUAGAGUAUUAUUCAGCAGCCCCAGCCUUAGUGUUCGGCAAGCCCGUGAGAGUCCAUUUAUCGCAGAAAUAUAAAAGAAUAAAGGUAAAGUCAGUUCCAUUAAUUUUGCAUUUCCACUUGUAACGUACAAUCUGCAUUCUGUGCUUUAGUUUCUGACAUUAAACUAAGGUCUAAUUUUAUAUAUAUAUAUAUAAUGAAUUACUAAAAUAUUCUCUCAACUUCUUAGAAACCAGAAGCGAAGCCUAACCAAAAAUUUGAGCCUCCGAAACAAGAACUUGGUCGUGUGAUCCAUCUCAGCAAUCUGCCGCAUUCAGGAUAUUCUGACAAUGCUGUACUUAAACUAGCUGAGCCCUAUGGAAAAAUAAAGAAUUACAUACUGAUGAGAAUGAAGAGUCAGGUAAUUUAUACAAUGCUUGCAUAAUUAGAAACCAGUCCUUAGGUAUAUUUAGUAAAAUGUUGUUUAGUAAAGCAUCCUUAAGCAUUUUGGUAACAUCAUAGAAGAAAAAUGGGUGCUUACAUGAAACACUGAAACUAAGGCUUACAACAUCUCUUCCAUGGAGAGAUGGGCGUGUGCUCCCCACAAAUAGAUGUUGAGUAGAUUCUUGUAAAAUAUGUUUCAUACCUAUGUCUGAAUAGACCAGGCAAAAGAACCAAGGGCAUCAGGCAAGAUUGGGGGUGGAAAAUGGAAGCUGGGCCAACACAUGUCUACUUGUUUCUCCACAUCUCAUCUUUAUAGUCUCAUUUUGGUAUAUGACACCACUAUAUUGUGAGUUUCAUUGCGAGUUCCAUUGGCUGAUAGAGUAGAAAGCAUUUGGCCCCUCCUCUUCCAAGAGUUUGAGGCAAAAAGCAAGCUCAUCAACUUUAUCCUUCCACCAGCGGGGUUUCUGUAAUUUUAGUGAUUUACCUAGGUUUAACUUUGUAGGAGAAUCCUAUUGAAAUAUUGGACCCUGAAAUCUCUUUACUCUCAUCCGUAGGCAUUCAUAGAAAUGGAGACCAGAGAAGAUGCUGAAGCAAUGAUGGAGCACUGCUCCAACAAAGCCCUUUGGUUCCAGGGAAGAUGUGUGAAAGUAGAUUUGUCUGAAAAAUACAAGAAACUAGUACUAAGGGUGGGUACCAUGUGCUGGAGUAAGUUUUCAUUUUGAGUAUUUGUUCAGUAAGUAAUGUAAUAUGAAAUGUGAUACUCUACACUAGUCUUAUGCAGAGUAGACGCAUUGAAUGGACACUGACUUAGAUUCAUUAAUUUAAGUGGCCCAUAUUCAAAUAACUUGGUGUGCUAGUGGAAGCCAGCAGAAAGGGGUUCCCCUGCCUCUCUUCCCCCAGAUCUGGUCUGCAGUGUUAUGAGAGAAGGGGGCAGUCAUUCCACAUGACAAAUGGAAAUGCUUGCCCCGACUGACCAGCCAGGAGACACUGACAUUUUCUACUCUGAGUAGGACUUGGUUGAAAACAACCAAAGUGUUUAAUGUUUUCUUAAUAGUUAGUGUAAAAGCCUCUGACUAGUGUUGCUGCCACUUGCCUAGGGAUCUGGAGAUAGCUGAAGAAUCCAAGACUGAUUCAAGCCAGAGCCAGUGGUGAUACAUUUGGAAAAAUGCUUUUUUUAAAUGUUUUAUAUGAAUUUCAACUGUUGUGCUGAAUGUUCUUGGUAACGGUGAUUAUAUAACUUCUCACAAGUUCUGCUCAUGCGAAAUGCAAUUUUUCCUGUUCCUGUAGCUUAUAGACAGGGAGACAUAAUUCCACAUCCUGUACAUCUGGCAUCCACAUGGUUACCGCUUAUAGUUAAUAAGAAUAGGGAGAAGCCCCAUCCUGAAUACCAUGGUGCAUAUAAGAAAAUAACUGAAGUCUUGCAGUUUGUGGCAGUUCUUACUUCAGCUGUGUUUUCAUAUGCCUUGAAGACUGGAACCAUUUUCACUUGAAUAGCUGUGCGCAGCUCCUAAUACAGAAAUCCACAAAGACCUUUAUAAAGAGUUGGAGAGGACCCUGAGGAUCAUCUAGUCCAGGCAUCCCUGACCACUGGUCCUGUUAGCUAGGAAUGAUGGGAGUUGUAGUCUCAAAACAUCUGGAGGGCCGAGUUUGGGGGUGCCUGAUCUAGUCCAACCCCUUGCAGUGCAGGAAUACGCAGCUGUCCCUUACAGGGAUCAAACCUGCAACCCUUGUUGUUACCAGCACUAUGCUCUAACCAACUGACAUCAUUAUUCUUAUUACAGAUUCCCAACAAAGGAGUAGAUCUGCUGAAGAAAGAUAAACCAAGGUAAUAAUCUUUCUGGUAGCUUGAGUUUGUUUAAAAAUACAGAAAGGAAAUGGGUAAGCAAGAUUUUCCCCUUUCUUUUUAUAGAAAAAGAGGUCUUUCUCCAGAUAGCAAAGACUCUGGAAGUGAGAAAAAAUGUAAGACUGAAGAUAAUGACAAAAUGGAAAGCAAUAGCACUGAAGAUAAAGAAGAGAAGAAAGAUGAGGCAGAUACAAAGGACAAUGAUCAGGCAGACCAGGAGGAACCAAGUUUACUCCUUGAAUCUGAAGAUGAACUAUUAGUGGAUGAGGAGGAGGCAGCAGCUUUACUAGAGAGUGGGAGCUCAGCUGCAGAUGAUACGGAUGUAGCUAACUUGGGUGAUGUGGCUUCUGAACAAAAGGAGGCAGCUGGUGAUGAUGCUACUGCAAAACCUGAAGAAAAUGCUACAGCCACAUCAGCGGCAAAAAAACUCAAAAAGGUAAAGAGAAAACAAUCAUUUGGAAGAAGUUUAUGCUUCACCAUCAGAUUAUUUCUUGCCACAAAAAACUUUCUGCCUUUCGAGAAAAGGUGCUCCUCGUAACUUCGUAUCUUAAUAAGGGUUUCAGAAAGGAAGCUUCUUGUGUAGUCUGUGUGCAUACACCCCAUAGCUGUUUUGGGUGGUAUAGAUGACUGUAGUCUGCAGCAGUAUACUGUCCUGUAAAAAGUAUUUUUUCCCUCAUUUUAUUACUUACUCAUGAGACCAUGUGCAAGUCCCUAGCUUGCUUCAUCUCUGACCAUGAAACAAAGAUAUGUAGUGACAAACUGUGCAUCUGCAAGGUACUCAAAUGAAUUACAAACCUAAACUUUGAAAGUCACAAGUUUAGGAGGGAGGCAACCCUGCCCUAGGGAUCCGGAGAGAACGCUUUCACCAGUGCAAGCAAAUAAAUAAGUAGUAUUUGUUCAAGGAAAGUGCCAGAUUCCUAGUGCUAACCUUCACCACAGGAACAUUUUCCUUGUGGGAGUUUGUUGCCUACAUGGUUCCUUCUUGUGCUCCUUGCCCAUUCCUGUUGCUUGCAAAGUGGGGAGAUACUGAGCCCUGACCCAGUUUUGCACUGUGGCUGGGCCUAAACUCUGGCCAUUGGUAUAGUCUUUUGUACCCCACCGCUCCAAAAGUCAUCUCUUUUGAGGAGCACUUCCUAGAGAGGGAAAUAAAAGUGGGUGUUUGCAUGUGAUGGAAUUACCCUAUUGGACUUCAGUGUGUAUUUUAAAUGAGAUAGCUUGAUUUGAGAAAAGCCAUAUCUAAUGUAAUAAAUGAAAAUAAAUUGUCUCAAUAGCGACAUGUAGGUGGAUUUCCAAGGAGCAUGGAAGGCUUUGUGACUCUAGAUGAAGUUGGUGAUGAAGAAGAUUUAGAUCACCAAAGACGUAAAUCUGGUAUUACACCUGCUGUAAAAACUGAGGGCAGCAUAACAGAAACUCAGACUGUAAACACAGAAGAAGGGCAGCAAGAAAACGAGGCACUGGAAAAUGGUGCUAAAAAUGAGAAUUUGAAGUCAGAAUCAUCCGAGGUGACAGACAGCACAGUGUCAGAAGAACAAGAUAAAAAAGAAAACACAGAAGGGCAAGAAAGUAAGACUGCACAGGACACUCCGGAUGAAAAUAGGAUCGGACCGUAUCAGCCAAGUGUUCCUGUUGGUAAGAAUGCUUCAUCCUCCUCUAAUGUUGUUUUUAUAAUGUUGCACUAUUUUAGUGUUGUUAGCCGCCCUGAGCCCGGCUUCGGCUGGGGAGGGCGGGAUAUAAAUAAAAUUUAUUAUUAUUAUUAUUAUUAUUAUUAUUAUUAAUUAAUGUAACGUGUUGUAAAUGGACCACAAGAAAGAGACUUCCUUUGCUAAAGAGGUAUUAGCUUAGAAUUUGCCAGUCAGUUCAGGCUCAAUCAUCAAAACCUUAUGGGCACAAACUGUUAAAUCACUAAAUAGAAUACACAUCAUGCCAAGCCAUAGUUUAGUAUGAUGUAAUUAAACUGAAGAGACGCGGGUGGCGCUGUGGUCUAAACCACAGAGCCUAGGGCUUGCCGAUCGGAAGUUUGGCGGUUUGAAUCCCCGCGAUGGGGUGAGCUCCCGUUGCUCGGUCCCAGCUCCUGCUCACCUAGCAGUUCGAAAGCACGUCAAAGUACAAGUAGAUAAAUAGGUACCGCUCCAACAGGAAGGUAAACAGCGUUUCAGUGCACUGCUCUGGUUUUGCCAGAAGCGGCUUAGUCAUGCUGGCCACAUGACCCGAAAAAAACUGUCUGUGGACAAAUGUCGGCUCCCUUGGCCUGUAAAGCAAGAUAAGUGCCACAACCCCAGAGUCGUUCACAAUUGGACUUAACUGUCAGGGGUCCUUUACCUUUACCUUUUAAUUAAACUGCAGUCAGCUUUAAAGCGCACACACAGCUAGAAGUUCAGAAGUUUUGCUUAACUGCAGUUCAUUGAAUGUAAAUAAGUUGUGGUUUUAUGUUGUGAAUCAUCCUGAGAUCUACAGGUACUGGGCACCAUGCUAAUUACAUAAAUAUAAAACUAACUUACUAUGGUUAUUUUUGUUUUCAAAGUGACUAGCUUCAUGUAAACCCUAGUCAAUGUUAACCACAGUUUGUCAGUACAAACAACAAACUUCUUCCAAACUCUCCUGAUUGCGUUGGAAGAGAAGAAGGAAGUGUAUGUUCUGAGACUGUCGGACUCAGUCGUAUUCCAUUUAUAUCACAUUAAAUAACAGUUCUGUGAGGUGUGAACUAAACCAUUUUAUUUAAGAGCAUUUUAAAGGCAAGGAUGCAUGUGUAGCCAGUAUAAGACUACUGAUUUACAGAUCACCUAUUCAGUACAGAGGGAACUUCGGGACUCUCUUUCUGGCCCUUCUGUUCUGCAUCAGAUUUGCAAUUAUGUGUAUGUUUCUAUCUAGGUGUGAGCUUUGUGGUGCCCCGAACUGGAUUUUACUGCAAGUUGUGUUCCUUGUUCUACACCAAUGAAGAUGCUGCAAAAAAGGUCCACUGCAGCAGCCUUGCACAUUAUCAGAAGUUGAAGGUAAGGUAGAAUUUCUCACCUUCAUGCAGCUAUUGGAAGAAGCUUAAUUAAAAUCUGAGGAUAAGUAGCUCUUUGUUAAGGCUCUGGCUUAUUUUAAGUGGCAAAUUUAAUCUCAAGUUAUUCUACACCACCUAGUUCAGAAGCUCAUGCAUACGCCGUGUCAUAUGCAAUCCAGCCCAAAUUGGAACUUGGACAUCCCAUUGUAAUCAAAGUAUAGAGACUGGAUUAUGCCAUGAGAUGCAGCAAGCUUAAAUUUGAAAAAAAUUAUGGAAUGUUGCUCAUGAUGCCAUUGCAACAAAAUCCAGGCGACAGAAACAAAUUACAAUCCAAUCCUCCCUUGUUUGUUUGUUUGUUACAGAAACACAUGGAGAAGGCUGAAGACAAGAAACAGGAAAAAGAGACUUAAAUGCAAAAAAAGAGGUUUGCCAAUUUAAGGAAAAAAUUGUUUUAUUUUCAACGUUAAUUUCAAUACAGUAAAACUGGGGAAACGCUAUACUACUUAGAUUUUAGUGGAAUAAAAUAGAAGUAUAAUUCUGUUAGUGUGUUUAAUGUUACAGCAAAAUCUGCAUUGUCAAAACAAAUCUUUUUUUAAAAAAACGGGAAUGACAAUACAGCUUUUUGUGCUGAUUGAUGCUUGAAGCUACCAAGGAAAUGUACAGCAUUCUGAAGAGUUAAGAAAGGAUUUCAUCAGCAUUAAUAUUUUCAGGCUUCAAAGAACAUCCCUUUAAACGUUGGUUCUGUUCAGUUCAAUAUAAGCAGUUAGCUUUUUUCCCUCCUCUGGAACAUUCCAGUCUAUGUCCAGCUGACUUUCAUGAUUUCAUUUCACUUUUGAGAAUCUUUACUAAUUUUUUGUGACUUUUUAAAAAGUGGAAAUGCUUUAUUUUAGUCUAGGUGUGUUUGGUAGUGAAUAGAAAAACUGAUAGUCAGCUUUUAAAAUGCUGUGUUUCUUCUGCUUGCGCAGAAAGUAAAUUCUUAUUCUUCUGACCAGUAUUAUUUUUCUUGCUUGCAACUUGAAUUUAGUACUUUUCAUACAUCUCAAGUAUAAGCAAAAGCAGCAUUUGAACCAUAAAUUGCAAAUAGUUACCUUUUUAUGUUUGUAUUUCAAUUCUGAUCCUAGACCAGUUACUAAGGUGUCACUGAAAUUGGUGGGACUUGCUUCAAAGUAACAAGUUUACCUCUUCACAUUUGGUUUUAUCUUAGAACUGUGCUCUUGAUGUACCUUCGUGUGGCUGUGAUUGGGAGCUUGCGUGUAUAAUCUGUUUUCAUGUAGUUCUAUUAAUGAUUUUAACAGCUUACAUAUAUGUCAAUUCAGGUUGUUAUAAUGUCAAACCAAUAAACCAAACCAGCCAUGAGGUUUUUGUGUGUGUGUAUAUGUGACUCUCUAUAGCCAGUUUUUUUUAAUACAGACAACCAGAUCAUCUGUCAUGCUCUUUGCCCGCUUAGCUUUUCCACGAAAGGUCAACCAACCAACUACAAUGGCAUUAAAGGUUCUGAUUUUAAACCUCACAGCAUGACCUCCACUUCCAUGAAGUUUCCAUAAUUUAUAGUUUGUGUUAACUGUCUGAACAGCAUGUGAUAUAGCUGGUCUUUACUGUACUUAGGCUAGAGUUCAACAGCACACAUUCCAAAAGAGCUUGUUUAGUGUAAUCAGCUGAAUUUGUAUGUUUAGCUCUGGAGCUAGUAUGUGAAACCUUUAUUCACAAGGGCAAUAAACUCCCCAGUAUUUGUCAAUAAAAAAAAUCAUGACUGUAAUAA